GUUUGUUGCUUCUGCUAAUGAGUACAGAUUAAGUUAAAUGCGCAAGCGCAGAAAGAAAUUUACAACAUGGCGGAACGCAGGAAAAGCAGAAAGCGCAAAGAUGAAGUGGCACACAUAGACCAUGAAGUUGUUGAAGAUAAACCAUCUAAGGACGAGUAUCUUGUAGCUAAAUGGAUCCGUAACAAUGUACCGUCAAAAAAAACAAAAUUUGAUAGAAUUCACAAUGUUGAAUAUUUUACUGGCAGUCGUGCAGUGGAUGCACUGUUGAAGAAUUCACCAUGGAGCAAAUUCAAAUUUGAAACACGUGAACAGGUUACAAAAUUUCUUGAUUUGAUGCUAAGACAUAAAUUUUUUCAUAGAGCAAAGAAGGUAGUAAUCACCGAAGAAGAAUUAUGUAAAAUACGUGGAAUAAAGAAAAAAGUUAAAGAUAUUAAAAAGGAGAAGAAACCUAAUGAAAAGGAAAAGGAAUAUUCUAAAGACGCCAAAGAUGCAACAGAUGGAAAAGAUGGUGAAGAUAAAGUUGAGGAGAAAAAGAAAAAACCAAAAGUACGACUGGAAAUGCAUAUGGAACAAUAUUUUGUUGACUGUAAUGAUGCUUAUGUUUGGAUAUAUGAACCAAUACCAGUGUAUUACUGGUUUUUUGGAACUCUCGUAGUGUUAGGUGCAAUUGGUCUGUGUCUAUUCCCAUUGUGGCCAUCAACAAUUCGCCUUGGUGUAUAUUACAUGAGCGUUGCAGGAGCAGCAUUCCUUUUAUUUCUUAUGACACUAGCAACCAUUAGAUUGAUUGUGUUUUGUCUUCUGUGGGUUCCAACACUUGGCAGAUGUCAUCUUUGGCUUGUACCAAAUUUGACAGCAGAUGUUGGAUUCUUUGCCUCAUUCUGGCCACUUUACCAAUAUGACUACUAUGGCUCGACAUCAAAAACGGAUAAAAAGCUUAAUAAAAAGAAAAAGAAAAAAGAGAAAGAUGCUGAUUCUGAUGAUGGAGCAUUACUGCAAUCAGAUGAACAAUCUAGUACACAAGAAUUACACACAGAAUAUACUCAAAUUGAAGAAACGUCACCUAGUGAAGAGACAUCAUCUAGUGAAGAGAAGAAGUUGCCUUCAUCUGAGCUGGCAGAAGGUGAAGAAGGUAGUGAAAGCUCAGGAAGUGAAAAAUCUAAUACAGGCCAGGAUUUUGUGAUGGUUUAAAACAGAAACUUUUGGUAAUAAAUAGUUAUCCUUUAUUUAAUACAAAUGCUGUGUCAAUUAAUGGUUAAUUUUUGCUAUUUUUAUUAAAUAAUUCAGGGAUUGUAACAUACAAGUUAACAUUUGUGUUAACUUCUGAAGAUAUGAAUCGUUUAUUACAUUUAAUAUUAAGUAUAGCAAGGAACAAAAAUGUGGUUCACCAAUUUAGCAAAUUCAAUCUGCUUCUUGCUUAGAUGAAUAUAUUUACAUUUUUUGUAUCUAGAAAGUGAACCAGAAGAUCUAGAUAUAUUUUACAGAAGGAAAAUUUUUGUAACUAUGCUAUAAGAAUCCAUCUUCGAGAUUCCAAUAUAAAUAUGUAUGCUUAUUUAAAUCAUGAUUAAUCAAUAUUCAUUUAGGUACAUAUUUACAUGUUAUUCAUAAGGAUUAUUGUGUCAAAACGUAUACUUACGUUAAUAUAGGUGCCUGAAACCUUCCUGCAUCAAUUGCGAGCUGUUUUUAACAAUUGAUAUUGUAUGAUACAGUAUUUUACUAUAACAAAAUAUUAAAUUUCAGUGACAUGAUUUCCUCAGGUGUCGUAAGUGUACAGAAAUCUGGUGAAUAGAAUACAAACUUUACGAACAAGACU